CCGACACCGUUUAGCAAAUUCCUUCCACAUGCGUUGCGUUUUGUUGCCCAUCGUUCUAUAUCCUCAGACAUUGCUUGACAGAGCAGUUGUUUAGAGCUUGCUGGGAGAAAAAAAAUCAUUAACCUUCAAAUUCUUCAUAAAUUCAGGAAUGGAUUUAUUAGUCUCAGGUUGGAAUUUAAAGCAGCUUUCAAUUCCAGUAUCACCUUCGCUUCCACUUGUACCACCAGCAUCUCCAUUUCCCGCCGCUACUACUUGUAGUUGUAGCUUUUACAAGUCUCGAGUAUCAGCACGCAAGGUUUCGUCCCCAUUUCGGGCACAUCCUUUGGAUAGAAACUCAAACAAGUCCUCUCCUCCGUUUGUAAUUUACGCCAGGAAGAAAAACACCAAGUCCGAGCCGCCUUUGGAACCAACCCUUGUUGAAGAAGUUUCAAUUGACGAGGAAGAUGAGCAGCUUUUCUUUGAUGACUUCGAAGAUGAUGAAGCAAUGAUGGACGAGGAUGAUGAUUUUUUCGAACAGGAGUUUGCAGAAAAUGAUACUGAACUCUAUGUUGGUGAUGGAGCUGGAGGAGGAGGAAUUUCUCUUGCUGGAACAUGGUGGGAUAAAGAAGCAUUAUUAUUAGCUGAGGAAGUAUGUCAAUCCUUUGGUGGUGAUUUGGGCAUAUAUGCCUUCAAAACAUUAUCAAAUUCCUCCAUUCAAGUCCGUGUCGAAAGGCUCACAAAUAAAUCUGGUUCCCCUAGCAUGGAAGAUAUUGAAGCCUUUUCUGUAAGUUACAGAGAAAAAUUGGAUGAAGCUGAACUUGCAAGAUCAGUAGCAGAGAAUAUAACCUUGGAGGUUUCAUCUCCUGGUGUUGAGAGAGUAGUUCGGAUACCAGAAGAUCUUGACCGGUUCAAGGACCGCUCUCUGUAUGUGAAAUAUGUGACUGAGAUGCUGACAGCGGUAAACUGUCAGAAGCUGAUGGUGUUUUCAGGCUUGUCUCUUUUGACAUGGAAACAAAAUGUUGCACCUGGGGUAUGGCUGAUGUGAGAAUAAACAGAGAAAAAGCAGGGAAAGGGAGACCACUUAGCAAAAAACAGAGAGAAUGGCGUUUGGAAACUACAUUCGAUUCUUUACGCUUAGUUCGACUGUAUUCUGAAAUGUGAAUGCUGUCUUUUCUUUUCUCCUCCCACAACAUACAUAGUGAAUCAGCUAGGU